AUGAAUGAGGUUCAAAAUGUAGUUCAAAUUCGUGAAGAUAAGGAUAUAGCUUGGUUUUUGGCUUUAGUUAAGGAACAAAAUACACGACAUCCUUUAGUUGCUCAUGCCAGUAGUUCAUGUUUGGAAGUGUCUUCUAAUGUUGUUUCUAGUGGAGCUGAGAAUUAUUUGUCUACUGUUCCUUCUUCUAAACCUAUAAUUGAUGAUGGUGAUUUCCAAAAUUCACAUGGACUAAUAGGUUUCAUGUUACGUCAAUUUGAACUUGCUCGAUCUGUUCAAUUGCGACCUUAUAAUGCAAUCGCAUUCUCGGGCCCAAUUGCUGUUUUUGUUUCUGUAUUCCUGAUUUAUCCACUAGGUCAGUCUGGUUGGUUCUUUGCGCCUAGUUUUGGUGUAGCAGCUAUAUUUCGAUUCAUCCUCUUUUUCCAAGGGUUUCAUAAUUGGACAUUGAACCCAUUUCAUAUGAUGGGAGUUGCGGGUGUAUUGGGCGCUGCUCUGCUAUGGCGCUUUCAUGGUGCUACCGUAGAAAAUACCUUAUUUGAGGAUGGGGAUGGUGCAAAUACAUUCCGUGCUUUUAACCCAACUCAAGCUGAAGAAACUUAUUCAAUGGUCACUGCUAAUCGCUUUUGGUCCCAAAUCUUUGGGGUUGCUUUUUCCAAUAAACGUUGGUUACAUUUCUUUAUGUUAUUUGUACCAGUAACUGGUUUAUGGAUGAGUGCUCUUGGAGUAGUUGGUCUGGCCCUGAACCUACGUGCCUAUGACUUCAUUUCUCAGGAAAUCCGUGCAGCGGAAGAUCCUGAAUUUGAGACUUUCUAUACCAAAAAGCCAAAAUAAAUGAUUUUAGCCCUUAUAAAAAGAAAACUUAUU